AUGACCGCGUCUGCACCCAAGGAUCCGAACCGCUUCCUCACGUCGUUCCAUGCAGCACUCGUUGCAUGUUCUUCUGAGGCAGCAGCGUACGGCCGUUGCGUGGCUGCCAGGGUCCCAGGCGUGGACAAGGCCGUGUGCGAGAAGGAGUUUCUCCAGCUGAAGACCUGCUUCUACGCCUCCGACGAGUCCAGCCCUGUGGUGCUGGGGCCGCGGCCUCUGCUGCGCUUUGACGUGCCGGGCGCGGCUGGUGUGAUGUAUGACGAGCCGCACGGCAUUCUGCUGGUGUCCGCGCAUGAGAAGGUGUACGCGUGGCGUGUGCCCACUCCCGCGCAGGAGCAGCAGAGCCUCGAGCAGUACAUUCAGAAGCAGCAGCAGCAGCAGCAGCAGCAGCAGCAGCAGCAGCAGCAGCAGUUGAAUCAUUGUAAUUCUCACGCCCACGCCCACACCCCUGGUCACAGUCGCACGCACAGUGUCAGUCACAGCCAUCUGCAGCCCGUGCAGCAGCCAGCGCCGCAGGUAUUCGCCAUAUCCGACCGCCCUGUGCUGGCCGUGCGCUUCUCCCUGGACGGCCGCAUUCUCGCUGUGCAGCGAUCCGCCCACGAGCUCGAACUGCUGCUCCGCCGCCCUUCCUCCUCUUCCUCCUCCUCCUCCUCCACCAUCACCACCACCACCACCUCCACGUCCACCACACCUACGGCGGCAGCUGCUGCCUCGUCUGGUGGUUCUGGUGCGGAAGCAUCUGGUCAGGCAGAAGCAGGAGCACCGGGGCAUGGAGGGGACCGGGCAGGAGACGGAGGGAGCGCGAGCCAAGAAGAAGCGCUGGGAACCAGAGGCGGCAGCAGCAGUAGCGCUAGUGGCAGCAGCGUGGGUCCUAGCAGUGGCAGUGGUGGCGGGACAAGUGCUGGUGGUAGUGCAAGUGCUGGUGCUGGUGUCAGUGGCAGUGGCAGCGGUAGUGGCAGUGGCAGCGGUAGUGGCAGUGGCAGCGGUAGGAGUAGAAGUAGUUUAGUAGCAGAGGCUGCUUUGAACGCUCCUGUUACAGUGACAGCACCGGCGCUCACGUACAGGAGUAGAAGUGCUGCUGAUAAGAUCCUGGGCUUCUUCUGGUCUGAUUGCCCGCUCUGCGACCUCGUUAUAGUCACAACUGGGGGCUUGGAGCUAUUUCGAGUGGCAGCAGCAGCACCAUCAGGCGGAACAGGGGUGCCAGCAUCACCACCACCACCAGCAGGAGCAGCAGCAGCAGGGGCAGCAGGGGCAGGGGGGAGUGGGUCAGGGCAGGUGGUGAUGCGAAUGGUGGAGGCGUGGCGUGUGGCGAUCGGGUGGUACGUCUACACGCACGAGUCACGUGUGCUUAUCCUCGCUGCUGGCCCCAGAUUCUGCUCCCUCACUGCCAUUCAGUUCUCAGCAGCAGGGUUGGUGAAGCUGCCUAAGUUCACAGCGCAGCUGGGCACAUCUGCUGCGCCCACCACCACAUCCACGCACUCGCUCACUGCCAAGCCGGCCCCACCAGUGGUUCUCGCCCCACAGGACGUGCGCAUUGCCAACAUGUACGGGCGCAUAUACUGUGUGCAGGUGGACCGGGUCUCCUCCCUGCUACACAUCUUUCGGUUCUUUCGAGAUGCCAUAGUGCUGCAGGUGUCCAUUCCACUGCCAUCAACGCGAGUGGCAGUGAGUGUGGCGGAUAACCUGCUCCUCGUGCAUCUACCAGCCAUCCACCGCCUCCUCCUCUUCGACUCUCUCCUCAACCACUGGAAACCCAUCUGCCCCGCACUCGCCCCCGCCUUCGCACCACUCUCCUCCUCGCUCCCUCCCUCACUCACUCCCUCUCUCUGGCAGUGUGUGCAGCAGAUCGGUCGUCCCUCUUCCCACUGCUGCAGAGCCGGCGCUGCUCCAGGCGCCUGUCCCUCCCUCCUGCUCCAUGCACCUGUCCCUCCCUCCUGCUCCAUGCGCCUGUCCCUCCCUCCUGCUUUAACACCUCCUUCCCUCCCCUUCCCCCCCUCUCUCGCCAUCUUCCCCCAGUCUCUGGCAGUGUGUGCAGCAGAUCGGUCGUCCCUCUUCCCACUGCUCCAGCGCCGGCGCUGCAACAGGCAGCAGGUGCAUGCCAUCUGCCUCUCACUCUUCUCCGAUCUCCUCGCCCAACACUCGCCCCUCCCCACUCUCUCCUCCGCCUUCUCCUCCCUGCUCUCCGCAUACGCCACUGCUCUUGCCGCUGCUGCUCGCAAGCCCAAGCCUGUGCAAGACACACCCGGUGCGUCUUCUGCAGUUGCUGCUGGUACUGAUGCCAGCAGCAGGAGAAGCAGCAGCAGCAGCGGCACAGUUGCAGCGAAGCAAGAGGCAGGGGAGGGGGAGAGCGCAGAGCAGCAGCAGCAGCAGGUGGGGGCGAAUGACAGGACAGCGUCAGGAGGAUUCUUCCACGUGGCUGCCGAAUCAGGCGCUGUAUCAGAGACUGCUGUAUCAGGCGCUGAUGGGGGCCUGGGGGAGGCGCUGGAGGGAAGAGGCGGAGCAGGAGCAGGAGGGGGAACGGGAGGGGAAGUGGGGGGAAGAGAACCAGCAACUUUGUCUCGUACGAGCUCUGUGGCUUCCGUGGGGGAGGGGUCGGGGGGGUCCGCUGCGACGGGUGGUGGUGUGGGUGGUGGGGGAGGGGGAGAAGCAGAGGCGGCGGAUCCUGCAGUGGAGGAGGAUGAGGGGGUGGUGUCGCCAGAGCACCUGCUGCACCAGAUCGAGUUGCAUUUGGAAGCAUGCACGCAGCAGACAAGCAGACACAGAAGCACCCCUGGUGGUGCUGUCACAAGUCCCGGAGAGAGUAGCCGAGGGGACACGAGAAGGGAAGGAGAGGCAGGCGGUGACGGUGGAGGAGGAGAGAAAGGGGAGGAGGAACGGGGGGGGGAUGGUGGUUGUGGCGAGAAGGAGAUGGAUGGUGGUGCUGCUGCGUGUGGGGCUGUAUGGCAUGACAGCAGCUAUACUGUGGGGGUUCUGGUGGAGCUGAUCCGAUGCAUGGACGAUCUACGGCUGCCGCUGCCAGCCUUUCUGCGCGCACAGUCAUCCCUCGUGCGCCUGCUCGCUGCGCACCACCUCUGGGCCGCACUGCUGCACCUCCUCAGUGCCAAGCUGCUUCGCUUCUCGCCUGCCUUCGCAUGGGACCUUCUGCACCUCUCCUCCUCCCCCUCUCCCCUCUCCACCUCCUCCUCCCCCUCCCCACCUACCCUCCCCCCGGCAUCGCUGAAAGCGCGGGCGCGGGUACGAAGGGAGGCAGUGCGGCUGCUGCAGGCGUGGCUGGUGGCAAGAGACGCACAGGAGCAGGGCCGAGUGGCGGCACAGAGAAGGGAGGAUAUGGCGGCACUGCUGCGAGGCAUGGUGUUGUGCUGCGGACCGCUUGCUGCUGCGAGGUUCCUGGCUUCGACACCGCCACAGGUGUUUUGGCAGCACGCCCCCUUGCUGCUCGCAUGCCUGUCGCACCCCCGGCACCUGCACCUGGCACCUGCUGUGCUGCGAUGCUUCCAGGAAGCUGUACCAUCCUUCCAAGAAGCUCUGGCCAGCAGGGCAGGGAUGGAGGACUGA